AUGGCUUCCCCCGAAGAUGGGCGUCAGCCUGUGCCUGUGCAGGUCGCCUUGCACAGGCCUAUUCACACAGAGACGCUCUGCAACACGACCGUGGAGGCUCGCAUUGCUUCGCCGACUCGGUACAACAUUGCCAGUCAGUCUUCUGAGAGAGCUACGGAUGCACAUGUAUCUACUCCUGUCACCUCUGGCUCAGCCAUAUCAGCUUCCGAGCCAAAGACAACCCCACUUACACCCUUGCAUACACCCGGCGCCGAAACGUACGGGUUCAUCCAGAAUUUGGAUGUGUAUAUUCCUGUUGGCGUAUUGAAGAGAAAGGAUCGUACACAUUUCGCCGAACAACUUGACAUACUGAAUUCUACACCAGAAGCACCGGAUGGCUUUCCCCAUGCGGAAGUCGCCAAUCUGGAAAAGCACCGUUGGAUAUGGACCAGUGUAUAUCCAUAUUCUAGAGACCCCAGGUGGAGCUUCGUCCGUGUGUAUGUAUUACCCGACGAUGUAGGACGCAAAAUUAUCCCGAGAUCGAGCUCUGCCUUGCGACGCGCCCUGAAGUUGGUGAUGGCCAAGAUCGACCGGUCUUCUGAAGCAUGGGCGGGCGUGUCCCCUUCUUCGGAGAGAGAGACUAUCGACUCGGAGAGAGACAAAGAAGAUGAAUCUCUGUGGUACAUAUUCAAUACCCUGGACGACCCGUCGCCUCGGGCAGAUUCGAUACAGGACCCCCACGGUAGGAGCGCGAUGCAAGACAUACUUGCAGCUGGGACAGAAGGCGAUUCCGGGGUUCCAGGACUCAAGACGCCGUUGUACCCAUACCAGCGACGUUCUGCAGCGACAAUGAUCCAGCGUGAAGUGCAACCCGCACCGAUGCUGGACCCUCGAUUGCAGAAGCGGAUCUCGCCGACUGGAAGGGAGUAUUACUAUGACAAAGAGGAAGCUCGCAUUGUUUGUGAGAAGAAGCUGUACUCGGAAGCGCGUGGAGGCAUCCUUGCCGAGACCAUGGGUUGUGGAAAGACGCUCAUCUGUUUGGCUGUGAUCCUGGCAACACGCGGUCACUUCCCGGAAAUACCGUUGGAGUAUCAACAAAUGGAGAAUCCGGUUCGCGACAAAACUGCAAGUCUGAUGACAAUGGCAGCCACCGCCGCUGGACGGCUUUCGCUGCCGUGGAAGCGUCACUUCGAUACCCUGAAAAGCUUCGGGGAAUGCUAUGACGGCUGCGUCAAGGCAUGUGAAGAACAUCGUGGGUCGUAUACUAUACCACCUCCGCCAGCCAGACAUGGUGGCCGAAGUGGUGUUGCGUAUCCUCGGCCGCCGCCUCAACGGCGUCUUCUUGGACAUGGAACUUUAAUCAUUGUCCCGCCCAAUCUUAUGAAUCACUGGGAGCAUGAGAUUCAAAGUCAUACUGAAGGGCUGAAAGUUCUCACAUUACGGACAUCAUCUGAUGUGACGCCGGAACCUGAAGCGCUAUUGGAGUACGAUAUUGUUCUAUUCUCGCGGAUCCGCUUUGAGAAGGAAGCGGGCGAAGUUGUGAACAAUCGGCGCCAUUCAAUCAGACCCGUCGAAUCCAAACUGACGAAGAUCCACUGGCUUCGGAUUAUUGUCGAUGAAGGUCACAAUGUCGCAGGUCACGGGCAAAAGACUAAUAUGGUGCAUGUCUUGAACCAGCUUCACGUAGAGCGUCGAUGGAUUGUGUCUGGAACGCCAUCCAGCGGCUUGUACGGAGUUGAGGUCAGUUUGGCAUCACGAGAGACUCACAUGAGUGAGACAGAUCUGUCGGAAGCCACCGUGGCUGUGCUCCAUGGGAGGCGGAAAACAGGACACGCCCUUGAAAGCGAGCUCAAGGAUCUUGACAAGCUUCGUCACAUUGUCAUAGAAUUCUUGGAUCUGAAGCCAUGGUCGAACUCCCGCGCUGAUGAUCCAGCGAAUUGGACGACAUACAUGAAACCUGUCGGAGAAGAUGGAAAACGACGCAAGGCGCCUUCGCUCCGCGCCACACUCCAAAGCAUGGUCGUCCGUCAUCGCAUGGAGACUAUACACAAUGAGAUCCCCCUGCCGCGACUACAUAACACCGUUGUACGUCUGGAACCCACCUUUUAUGACAGGCUGAACCUCAAUCUAUUCAUCUUUGCUCUGGCGGUCAACGUGAUCACAUCAGAGCGAAAGGACCAGGACUAUAUGUUUCAUGCUCGAAAUCGAACGCACUUGAGUCAAUUGAUAAGCAAUCUGCGCCAGGCUGGCUUUUGGUGGGCUGGUUCAGAGGGCGACCUUCCGGGAACAGUUGACAAUGCCACCAAAUAUUUGGACAACAAUAGGCAUAGGAUGAGUGAAGAUGAUAUCGCGAUGCUGACCGAGGGGAUAAGAAUAGCGCGGAUUGCACUCAACUGUGGCAGCUGGAAUGCUUUCAAGAAUCUCCACGAACUGGGGGUAUUCGUUGAAAAUUUCCCUUCCCACGCUCGGAGCUUAUGGGCGUUGGACAACUCGUCGGAUACUUCUACUAUCCUACUGGGAAUCAGCCAAGCCCAUCAGGCGCAAAAAUUUGUUACAAGCCACCUCACCUUAGCUAAUCCUGCGGAAGGUCUUGCAGGGGCUGGGAUCAAGGUGCGUCGCGAGCUCGCUGAAGUCGCCGAGCUGGACCCGGCCAAGAAAAGCACUCCCGAUAAACAAGCCACCACCAAAUCGCCAAAAAAGGCGUCCAAAACGUUCAAGAAAAACCUCUUCAAGACGCUGCCUCAGGAGUCUCCGCUAGCUCAAACAAAGCUCGUUGCCACGGCAUCAGCGAAGCUGACGUAUCUGCUCGACCAAGUGGACCAGCUGCACAAGGAGGAGAAGAUCAUCAUAUUCUAUGACAACAAUAACUCGGCGUACUGGAUCGCAGAGGGCCUCGAGCUUCUGGGCAUCGACUUCCGUAUAUACGCUAAUACACUGAAACCUGCACUCCGAACGGCGUAUCUGAAGCUCUUUCGGGAAUCGGAGGACGUCCGCGUCCUGCUCAUGGAUCUCCGGCAGGCCUCCCACGGCCUCCACAUCGCCAAUGCGUCGCGUGUGUUUAUCGUCAAUCCCAUCUGGCAGCCCAACGUGGAAAGCCAGGCCAUCAAGCGAGCACACCGGAUUGGACAGCGACGACCAGUGUUCGUCGAGACGCUCGUUCUGAAGGAUACACUGGAGGACAAGAUGCUGACACGCCGGAAAGCAAUGUCUGACAUGGAGAUCCAGCGCGCAGAGAAAGACCUCCUAGACGAUCAGACGAUGAGUUCGAUCAUCCAGGCCGAACGGUUCCUGCCUAUAGCAGAGGACGAGGCGUCGGCGUCGGUCAAAGUGGCGUAUCUGCGCAACCCGCCUGGAUUCUUCGACCGACAUAAACUUGCCCUUGCGGAUGACUUUUACGACCAGCCGACCAAUCCGACUGCAAGUUCGACAUUAACCCCUAAGCGCAAGCGCGCGGUGGUUAUCGACACUGAUUCGAGCACCCCGGAAGCCUCCGAUACCGUAGCCCCCAAGCGUAUAAUCGGCAUCUCCGGCCCCUCAUCCAGCGGCAAAACCACCCUCGCCCGCCUGCUCCAAGGCAUCUUCUCGCAACUCGACUCUCCGCACCUAACCACCUUCAUCAUCCACGAAGACGACUUUUACUUUCCCGACGACAAAAUCCCCUACACAACCACCGCAACCGGCAAAACAAUCCAAGACUGGGACACCAUCGCCGCGAUAGACGUGCCCCUGCUCGCGUCCGCGCUGCGCUACGUGCGCACGCACGGCGCGCUGCCCCCGCGCCUCAAAUCCAUCCAGGACCUCAACGAGGCCUCGGACGCCGGCGUGCCGGCCGACGUGCUGGCCCAGCUGCGGGCCGAAGUGUCCGCGCGGCUGGCGCGACGACCAGCGACGGAGCCGUCGACCGUCGCCUUUCUGGAGGGGUUUCUGCUGUACGCCCCGCCGCCCGGGACCAAAGACCAGACGCAUGUGCUGCGCGCGGUGCACGACCAGAUCGAUUGGGCCUGCGCCGGCGCCGCCGGCGGAGCCUGUGGAGAGGGCUGA